AUGGCUACAUCCUUCCAAGGCCAUGUCCACCGCUCCUUUGAAGUGCCCUCCUCCGACCUGCUCCUCAAUGCCAGGCGCGUCCCAGGACUCUCGGAGCAUACAGGAAACGUCACAUCAAGUCUCAUGUCCACGCACCAUGUCUCCAGAAAGUCCAGAAAAGGCAGUACGAAUCUCCCUACCCUCAUGCAGUCCUUUUCGCGCCGCGGUAGCAGCGAGAUCUCCCCAUCCCAGAUCAUCGGCGCGGACUACGAGACAAUCCUGGAAUGGAUCCGCACCGAGCGGAUGAGAAAGGUCCCGCCAGAGGGGAGUAGCUAUGACCGAGUCCUCGUAUGGGCCCGGCUGUUUGUGGAACGCUUGCACUCGUUUGAUAUUGCAAUUGAGAACUUCGAAGGAGAGAGCCAUAUGGCCGCCCAGCAGGCGUAUAUUCACUGUGCGAGCCUUCUUGAGCUCGGAUCAGAAAAUGCCGGCGCCCUUCUCGGUGUCUUCGGUUUUCUAUAUCGCAUCUCGACCGGACUGGAUAACCUUCUCGAUCGGACGGAGCUCUUCAAUGUCUCGCAGACCAUCAAGGAUCAGUUGGUUCUUGCCUUGACCGACCUGGUGUCCUUGGUCGUCAGCGUGGCCACCCAAUUUCACCAGUCGAUCGAUAGUCUAACACUCGGAUCGGUGUCGAUUGAUAUCUACAGCACUUCCAGUACAUUGAUUGAAAGUUUCCGCUCGCGUUGCGAGCAGGUUGGCGAGUUGAUAUGGCGGCAUCAGCUGUCUGAGGCUGGGCUCGAGGACCAGAAAUCCAUUUCAGUCAAGGCUAUUAAGCGCUGGCUCUCACCGGAAGAUCCGGUUCUGACCAAUAUCACCGACUUUGUUGCCAAUCUCGCCCAAGAACGCGAGGAAUCCACAUGCUUGUGGAUGACGCCUCACUUGAUCCAGUUCCUCAAAGGCAAGCAGAAGACACUUGCGAUUACCGGUAAACCUGGCUCGGGCAAGUCCAUCCUGGCGACUGUGAUCCACGACCACCUGCAGCAUCCUAUUGCGGGAGUGAACUACAAGUCGAUCCUGGUUCCUAUCAACAGUCGUAUCCCGGCCAACACAACCCCCCGUGCUGCGGCCAAGGCCAUUCUCCUACAACUGUUCGCUGCCCGUAUCGGAAAUGUGCAGCUAUAUGAGAGUCUCGCAGAGGCAUAUGAACGCUGCCAGAAGACGAUAGAGGACGAGGCAUAUGAUGACAUCCUUUGGGAAACGCUGGGACGGGCUCUGAAGAGCAGCCUCAAGGGUGCUAGAGAGCUCGUGCUGGUCGUUGAUGGCGCAGAUGAAGCCAGCUGUGGGCAAAAGGCUCUUUGCAAGAGGCUUCGAGAAGCAACGGCCAACGUCUCUAAUCUACGACUGAUUGUUCUAGGCUCCGAGAAGCAGGAGAGCUCAUCCACAGUGCAGAUAACGGCAGAUACGAUCUUCGAUGAUGUAGUAGCUGUCACCCGUCGGAUCAUUCAAGGAUAUCCCAUGUUCGAGCAGCUGUCCGAGGAGCAGCGCGAGAUUACUGUGAGCCGAAUUGCGGGGGCGUCCAAUGGCUCGUUUUUGUGGGCAAAAUUAGCCACAAAGCGGAUUAGAGACGAGGGUGCCCCGACUGGGCAAGCCCUCACCAAGGCCGUUGAUAGCCUCAUCAAGGCUAAGUACACUAUCACCGACCUUGUCGCCCAUCGAUUGCAAUCCAAGGUCUCCGAGGAUGCUAAGCGAAUCCUCGUAUGGCUUGCAACCGCCACACGCCCUCUGACUCUCCGCGAGCUAUCUGCUCUACUGUCUAUCCAGCUCGAGAAAGGUACGAUUUUGGACGCGCAGGUCGAUCCGCUCAACCUUCUCAAACCGGUUGCAUCUCUGGUGUUUUGCCAGAAUGGUCUAGUUAGAUUGCGCCACGGACUGGUCCGUGCCGCUAUCAUUGAGAUGCUGAACCAGGGCAAGCUCCCUCCCGCAAUGAAGGACAGGCACAUGGAUCUUGUCCGACGGCUACUGCUGUAUGUGAAGGUCUGCGUGACAGAGGACGCGGAGGUGUCAUUGAACCCUCCUAGCUCCCAAACGACCUCUAAGCUGUUCGAUCAGCUUCCUCUCCUUGACUUUGCUCUGCGAUACUGGGUGGGACAUACUAAGACGGCGCUUGGGGAUACCACGGACACGGACAUCAAGACAGCAGCGAAGGAGAUCGGGCCCGUUAUGCCUACCCAAUCGUUUGUGCCAUUGCUGGAGAUGACAGUGUGGCAGCAAAAGCCGACACCAGUCCUGGCACUGCUAUACAGCGUGCAGUCCCGCUUGUAUCAACUGACCGCCAACGGUGCACACCCCGUAACCCUGCAGGCGUUGAUCUGCCAGGCCCUCUUCUAUCACAAAAUUCAAUCUGUCGCCCCAUCCGAAGCCAGCCAAAUCUUCUACAAGGCUGCGAAGUUGUGUCAUGAUGUUUUGGGCGAGCAGAACGUCAUCACCAUGGAGCUGGUGCACUACUACCUGGAGAGCACAUCCACUCAAGUAACACAGUCGAAGACUGAAGUUAUGACCAGGCGGAUUGAGAUGUUACAGUUGCUCGUCAACUACUACAAGGUUCACCAUGGCGCUACCAGUGCCAUCGUCACUUCGACUCUGACUCAGCUCUCAGAGCACUAUAGGUCUAUCAAAGACGAACGCAAGGCUCAGGAAAUCAUCUCAUCCUUGCAAACCAGCACGACCAAUCAAACGCCCACCCAAUCCCAUCAGUCCGAUGAGUCCUUGCUGGUGCAGCUCCACGGACGGCGAGGUAGCCAAGAAGGAACCACCUUCGCCCUGGAUGACAUCGAGCAGGACGCUCGGAUUUCGGAAUUCUACGACCUGGCGUCUCUUCUCUCGAAAGCAGAGCAAUAUGUUUCUCAAGGCAAGAUCCAGGCGGCGGAGACGAUUUAUGUGGACCUGUGGCAGCGGACUAGCCAGGACUAUCGACUGCGGCGUUCUGCGGGCUCAGAACUGAGGAGCGUACGGGUCAUCUCUGCAUAUGCCAGUUUUCUCAAGUCGCAGAAACGCGAGACAGAAGCCGCAUCGAUUCUGACGGGUUUCUGGGAAGAAUACGAACACAGCAUGGGAACGCUAGACACAUCCCAAGAGCUGAAUCUCGCUAAGCUCAUGAAGUCCGUUGGAUUGUCGUGGCUAUCGCUUCGCGUAUUCAAGCAGUGCGCUCAAAGAACAGACAAGAGCAGCUCGGUCUACAAGGAGAUUGAGACCUAUGUCCAGUCCACUACCAGGGAUGUCAGACAAUCAAUGAACACAUCCACCAUGGGGGAAUCUAGUCUUCAGGACAUCGUCUUCAAUGGAUCCACUGUGGAUCAGUCGUUUAUCACCGCAGCCCAGAGGCUGGUGGAGAUUUACAUGUCCCAACAUCGCUGGCAAGAAGCAACCAAGACCCUCAAGGUCGUUCUCCAGCGCAUCUGGCCAGCUCUUUUCGCGCCUUCGGUGCAUGAUGUCUCUCUUCCCUCGAAACACACGGAAGUCUCUAUUGAUUUCGCCGCGCGCUUGAGGGAUUGUUAUCGCUAUCGUCUCAAACAGGCGAAACAAGAGGAUAUCGCGCGUCGUCUCUACCACGUUUUUCGCUGUUCACGGCCAACUGAUGAUAAGCUGCGGGGGCUAAUCACCAAAGAUCUUCUUCAUCUGUAUGAACGGACGUCGCAGACCGAGAAACUCAUUUCGGUUCACCAGGAUCUACUGCAUGAUUUCAGCAACCAGCAUGGAGAAAGUCAUCCUGCCGUUCUCAAGGAGCUUUGGGCCCUGGCGGAUCUGACACGCCCACGCUCCGCGGCGGUGCCCUACUAUCAACAAAUUGUGCGAAUUCUCAACAGGGACGUGGAGGUUUGCCACUUGGACGCGUUCGAGCCCCUUUGUAUCAUCGUGUCUGAGUUAGUAGCCCAGAGCCGAUACUCCGAUGCACUCGAGCCGUGCAAGACACUGUUCAGCACUCUGCAGCAUCCCGAUAUCAACCCGAAGCUGCAGGACCAGAACUUUGUGAAGUCGGUUUACGAGCGUUAUAUCAAGUGCUUGCGCAUGGUCCAUGCAGAGCUCUAUCUCAUCCACGACGUUACCGCUCAGUAUCGCCAGGCAUGCCAGAUUAUUUUCGGAUCUUCCGCCCUGAUCACGGUUCAGGCUGCCAAGACCCUGCUGCAUGUCUGUCAGGAAUCGAGGCAGUAUGAAGCCGAAGCAAUUCAGCUAUGCCAGGAUCUUCUCAAUACUCAGUCGCACCGGGAGGAGAUUGACCAGACCGAGAUCCAGGCGACGCUGGACACAAUCCGUGAGGAUCAGUAUGCGUCAGUCACGGCAGCAGAUGUGCAAUCGGUGUCCUCUGAGCAGAUCCGACGUGUCAUAUCUAUCCGAAAUCAGCGCCUCUCUGAAGUCCGGUCGCUUUAUGGCUGGGCUCAUGAGGACAGUAUGCUGCAGAUGAAGGAUUUGGUGACCCUGCUCGUGAAGCGAGGAGAAACAGAUGAUGCUACAUCCCUUCUCCGCGAGGCGACGGUCAAGGUCAUCACGAGCGAAACUUCUGCGACCCAACUGACUGCCGCGGCCAAGACCAUCGCUUCCAGCUACAUUGCAGCUAGUCGGAUUCAGCAGGCGAAGCAGCUCUCUGAAGAGUUGUACCGGCAGAUUGUCGUCAAGGAUACGAUGAACACUAGCGUUGCUAAGUUCGACGUGACAUCCUGCAGCCGCGAGAGCCUUAUCUUCCUUGCGCAGCUGGAGUCCAGCGUGCGCGAACAGGAGGAUUCCUCGCUGACCGUCAAUGAAAUCCAUUCGUCUCUAUGCGCUGAGUACAUGUACUUUGAGGAAUACCGAUCGGAAAUCAAUUCCAAGACUAGCACACUGCAGAGCGUGGUAACUACCGUGGCCCGUCUGCACGGUGUUCUGCGCGCCAGAGGCCGGUUGUCCGUUGCGUCGCGCCUUGUGGAUUUCAUCACCAAUUACUUCAUUACUACACAGAAGGUGAAGAUUCCAGUCAGCCCGGGCCAGGUCCGGAUCUUUAUCGGCACGCUUCUCGAGUAUUUCAGCGAAUACUCGUCGCGCAGCUUCGUCCGAUCCGUGGCCAUCGCCUGCUCCAGGCGAGUCAACCACCUCCUCGGCGCAAAGGAAUACCAAUCGGCUUGCGAUCUGGCCCAGACAGCGUUCCAGUAUAUCCGCGCCCAUAACGGCCUUUCCUUCUCGCUGAGCAUUGUCAAGCUCAUGUUUAACCUGGGUCUGACGAUCGUGGGCCGGGACAUCCAGCCUCGUCCCGACUCCACCAUUCGCAAGCAGAUGCUCAGCAUCUCCGCGACGAUCAUGAAGGACACGCUCGGCUACUGCAAGCAGCACAACAUCGACCUCACGCAGCUCGAUCUCGUCACGCUCAACCAGCUCAUCGGCAUCCUGGACGCCCAAACCGACUACCACAACCUGGCCUGGAUCCUCACCAGCCUCUGGGACAGCCGCGACAACUACGCGCCCUCGCAGCAAGACGCCAGCUACACGCUCGCACUGGGCCGCAUGCUCGUCAUUACCCGAUACCUGCUGGGCGACUACACGGCCGCCAUCCGGCUCGCCGAGGACAUGGUGUACAACACCGCGCGCGUGCAUGGCCCGCAGCACCCGUACACCGCCGAGAUGACGGUGCUGCUGUCGCAGAUGUACACGAGUGUGGCGCAGGGGUACCAGGAGCAGAAGGAGCGGCGGGAGCUGGCGUACCGGUACUACAAGAAAGCGGCGGCGGUGCACGAGAACGCGCUGCGGGUGCUCAUCGACCCUUCGGCUGCUGCGUCGACGGCGAUGGACGACGCGGGUAGCGCCAGCGGGUCUGAGGUGUCGAGUCCUGGCGAGGGCGACAGCGGGAAGUAUGUUCGGCAGCAUCUGCAUCUGCUCAAGUUGGCGGUGGAGCGGCUGGGGAACUGGCCGAAGGACUAUGCGGAGUACGAGCGGUUGAACUCGGAGCUGUUUAAGGAGUUUGGCGAUUAUUUGAAGGGGGUGGAAGGCGUGGACAAGUGGAAGCCGAAGAGCUUUGGGUGUGGACGGGCUGAGGCGAGUGAUGAUUUGAUCUCGACCAAGUCGCAUCCGGCGUUUGGUCUGGAUGAACGAUUUGCCAUUGCAGCUUGA